GUCGCCUAAUAAUACCACCAGCGCUACUCCUUUAAGAGCAAGACUCGGAGGAAACCCAAUCGGUCCACAUUUGGAGUGCAAGUCUUCAUGAAUUAGCCGAGCAGAAAGGCUGUGUUCGGUUCCACGUCCAUUGUAUCUCCCUUGUUCUUGUGGACUCGUACAAAAUCCGGAUUAAAUUACGCGCUGCUCCUUUAAGAAGCUCCAACGGGAUUACAGUUACACGCAGCGACCCAACUCGGUGUCCGGUAGUUUUUACGCACACUUUACCCUCAGGAGACACUUGUCACUCACUACUGAGUCGGUGCCGCCUCAACCCAGAACGCAGCGAGUCAUGGCCGAGACUGGGAACAGUGGGAAGGGGGUCACCGCCGGGAAACUGGCCAUCACAGUCCAGAAGAGGUUGAGCAGAGCGCAGGAGAAGGUUUUGCAGAAACUUGGCAAAGCGGACGAGACUAGAGAUGUCAUCUUUGAGGAGAUGGUUGCCAACUUCAACAAGCAGAUGGGAGAAGGCACCAAGCUGCAAAAGGAUCUGAAAGCAUACAUGACCGCAGUAAAAACUUUGCACGAGGCAUCACGGAGGCUGCAGGACUGCCUGGCUGAAAUGUACGAGCCCGAGUGGUUCGGCAAAGAAGAGAUGGACGCCAUGGUGGAGGACACAGACACUCUGUGGUUGGACUUCCAUCAGAACAUAACAGACAGCUCAAUGCUCUCCUUGGAUUCGUACCUGACUCAGUUUCCUGAUAUCAAGGCUCGCAUUGCAAAGCGGGACCGUAAGAUGGUGGACUUUGACAGUGCCAGACAUCACUUUGCCUCCUUACAGAAGGGCAAGAAAAAGGAUGAGGCCAAGAUCGCCAAGCCUGCGGCCCUGUUGGAGAUGGCAGCGCCAAGCUGGGCUCAGGGUUUGCUCUCAGCCCACCAGGUGGCUCAGACUAACCUCUCCUACAACCAGGCCGAGGAAGAGCUGGGUCGCUCUCAAAAGAUUUUUGAAGAGCUGAAUGUGGAAUUACAAGACCAGCUUCCAGUGCUGUGGGACAGCCGUGUUGGCAUCUAUGUUAACACAUUCCAGAGUCUGGCGGGUCAUCAAGAGAAGUUCCACAAAGAGAUGAGCAAGCUGAGUCAAAACCUGAAUGACAUCAUGACCAAACUUGAAGAGCAGAGGCAGCUCAAAAAAGCCGGUGCAGCAGCCAAGGCAGGCGACGAGGCAAAGAGUGACGAAGCCAACCACAGCAAUGCAGCCAGCUCGCCACCCACGAGGCCCAGCUCGCUGCCCAGCCGGCCUCUCCAGCAUGAUGAAUCGCUUGAUGACAGCACGUCUGAUAUUAACAAAGAGUCCAUAACAACAACACAGGUUUCUGAAUCCAACAGCUCGGAUUACAAGCUCCCUCCUGGGUUCCUCUACAAGGUCAAAGCCAUCCACGAAUAUGCUGCCACUGAUGGGGACGAACUGGAGCUGAAUGUUGGGGAUAUUGUGCUCGUUUUGGCGUUCGACACCCCAGAUGAGCAAGAUGACGGCUGGCUCAUGGGCGUGCAGGAAUCUCUCUGGAUACGUAACAAAGAUAUUUCAUCCAAAGGGGUCUUCCCUGAGAAUUUCACGCAGAAACUUUGAAGUUCACAUCUCCUUCCUCGAGGUACUUCCAGAUUUAUUUGGAAUAAAAAAUGAAAUAUGAAAUUACUCAUUUGCCAGUCCCAAAAUGAUGUCCUUUAGAAACUGAAGAACUUAAUCAAGAUUAACGUCAACUGAUAUGUAGAUCUUAAAACAUGGAUCUAUCUUUUUGAAGUUCUUCUUCUUCAUGUUAGAUCAUUAUUUGUGUUGAAUUCACCCACAAAUAUUGUUAAGAAAUAAAUGGAACAGGAAGUCAUGGAGUGUGCCAGUGACAAACUUUGAACAUUGCUAAAAAAAAAAAAAAAAAAACGGCUCACGCUGAGGUGACAAUGAGGAAACUUGUGUCCAACCAGAGCUCUGGAGGACACUCGCGUGCUAAUAACCGAGAUGGUUUGAUGAUGCAAAAAAGAAAAUCUCACCUAAACUUUUGAUAUUUCAUCUUUCGUUUGAAGAUUGUCUUUGUCAUGUCAGUAUCUCUGCUUUCAUGCGUUAUCUUUUCUUUUUGAAGGACACAUUUACAUGUUUUGGCAAUGUUCAGCCAGGUGGAAACUCUCAUAUUAUACAGUAUUAUACAGUAUAACUAUCAUUAAAGAUUGAUGAAGCCCA